AUGGAGUCGACGCUUUGUGUCGAUCAGGACGUGAAGGAAGACGAGUAUGACGCGCUCAACGACGAGACAUUUGGAGACGCGGGAAUCGACGACGCCUGGGAAGAGAACCAUGAUGUUCUCGCGGCCCAACUCGAGGAAACCAUCAAGUCGCAGCAGCAUAACGCCCAACAUAUUGAGGACAUCGUCAACACUUCAAUCUCCCAGCUCGGAUUGGACGAGGAAGUCAGGAACUUCGCGUCUCAGCCCCCCGCUGCGGCCUUCACGCAGCAGCGAUCGGGCUAUCCUCCACCAGCGCUUGCGGGACAUGUUAGCGCUGUCCCGUUGCCAGGACAUCCUGUCACGCCUCAAUCAAUGCCACCUCAGAAGCUGCUGAGCUUGAUACAGGGUCCGCACCAGGCAGUUUUACAAGCACGAACCCUGAUUCGGACUCCGAUGAUUCCACCCAUGGUGGUCAGUGCCGAGCAACUGGAGAAACAAAUGCUCGAGGAGAGCCGGCGAUCCCAACCACCCGCACCGCCACCACCCCAGGUGAAAACUUUGGAAGAACUCGAGUCUGAAAUGUUCCUCCAACAGCAAGGUAAACAACGGACGAAAGCUCUUCCAGCGCAACAGCGGCAGCCAUCGCCACCACCACAAAAAAACCAACAGAAUCUUGUACGAGCUCACCAGCCGUUGCCGCAGAACCUCCCGCCGCUACAGCAGCUGCAACAACAACCCCGGAUCCUCCGGCAGGCCCAUCCGCAACAUCUCCAGCAGAUGCCGCACUUACAACAGUUUCAACAACAGCAGCAAGCGCAGCAGCACUUGCAGUUGAUGCAACAGAUAGGGCAGCUCGACAGAAAGCCUUUGAAUACAGAACCUCAUCUGAGUAAUCCUUCUGUGCUGCAACCGAUCGCUGACCCCUCGCAGGCUCCCGCUCCUAACGGAUUUCGGCAAUCCAGAAAUCCACCCGCAGGAGCCUUCCCUCCACCACCGCAGAAUUUCAACGAACGGUUCUCGGAUUUCCAGAAUAUCCCUCCCGCCAUGAACAGUGCCCCCAUGGGGAGCCGUUUCCGUUUCCCCCAAGGACACCCCGCCCUUGUCUCGAGUCAUUAUCAACGAGGUCCGGACUUUCGCGAUCAGCGUUUCCGGGAUCAAGGACCGCGAGAUUAUCGACGGGACGAUGGGAGGUACUCUGAGCAACGAGGGGAGAACUGGCACGGCAACGCUCAUUCGCCGAAUGAUUUCCACGAGCGGAACGCGGGUCGGUACAACAAACGCGACGUGGAGACAUUUGGUUUCGACGCUGUCCACGAGCUCCAGCAGGAACAGGAAACCAAAGCCGUUCCCCGAUCGGACGACCCUUAUUGCGGGCUAAUGGCCGAAAGGGAGAAAGAAUUCGUCAUUCGGGUUCAGAUGCUUUCGUUGAAUAUGCAAUGUCCUCAAGAGCAAGACUAUUACUACCUGGAAUUCAUGAAACGCAAAAGCCAGGGAAAAGCUGUUUGUAGGAACAAAUUAUUGACGCAACGCAUCCAGCGAACAGUAGACAGCCCUCGUGAACCGCAGCAGUUUGAGAACUCCUUGGGCAAACUUCACUCGUCGACCGCGCAUGCGCCCAAGAAGAUCCUUGAUAUGGCCGGAUCGCGAAAACUCGACGAUGGUGACGGCAGGACCGUUCCUGCCAAUACCGAUCUCUUGCUGUUCCGGAAACUUCUCAUGGACACCGAGAGAGGAUUCAGCCUUGUUCUGAAGAUUGAGGACCCCGAAGUGUUGACAAGUUACGAGGAGAAGAUUCUGGCUGCUCAGGACCUCGUUAAAAGACUGGGCCCCGCGCCCGAAUAUCUCCUGGGGAUUCGGAAGGGACGUCUCCUCGUUCUGAGGAGUAUCGGAGCCUUGUGGCGGCUCGGUGGCCACAGAGAAUUUUGUAUUCGAUUACUUUUUUCACUUUUUGACCAUCUCGAGCUCAUUCUCGUGAGGCAACGAGGUCUUGGGGAUGCGGUGUUCAUCGAGAAAUUAGAUAUUAUCGACGACGUUUUGAGGGAAUGCCAGCCGGAGGACAUUGAAAAGCUUCAGAACUGUAUGAAGAAAUACGAAGUGCCGGGAAACGAUGUUGGUCAGUGGAUUUUGGCCGGAGAGCUCGGUCAAAUGAUCACCGAGAAGCUGCGAGAAGCCGCAAGUCGACGAUGAGGGACUCUCGUGGGAAACCGUUCGCAGUUGACUCUUUCUGUUGAUCUAAGAAUGAAUUUCAUAUUUUCCAAUUAUUCCGACAGUGCGUUCGCCCCCAACAUUUGCUUCUAGGCGUUCGGAUUGUCACCAAUUUUUAAGUUAAGGAACAUUGUGCUCAUCGAAGAUAUACAUAGAAAUGAAGCUGAUCAAGCGUUUCUCCCAUCAGUAAUGAAAGCAAUGGCUCACAUGCCCACGGUCCCCGUUGGAGUUGACCAGAAAGCAGAAGAGGAAAAUGCGAACUCAUCGUUUUGUGAAAAGAACUCCUUCCAGUAAUAAAUCAAUACCUGACAU